GCGCUUCAUACACGGUUGUCGCUCAGGAAGCUGCGCAUAAUUUUUUUGUUUUGGCUCUCCAGUAUAGCGUGUAACUCUAGGGCCCGGAGGAAGGGCGGAAGUGCAGUUCAGCCAUCAUUGAGUCUGGAAAACGGAAUUUUAAAAGAAAAAUGCAACAGGUGCGGCACAGCUCACUCGAUCGCCCCUCCCGCUCACGGACCGGACCGGACCUCAGUCCGUAUAAUAGUAGAAAGAAAUGGAGUUGUCCAGAGCAAGAUGUCAAGCAAUACGAUAUUUAUUCAGCGGUAACUGUGGGUGAUGACAAGGUCGUGGAGAAGAAUGCCGACCCUAGGAUGACUUUACUAACUUACCUACGGAGGAAAUUGGGGUUACCAGGAACCAAGCUUGGCUGCGGUGAAGGCGGCUGCGGGGCCUGUACCGUGAUGAUCUCCACAUACUGCACAUUCCAGCAGAAGAUCCUACAUUAUGCAGUAAACGCCUGCCUGGCUCCUGUCUGUGCCCUAAACUAUACGUCUGUCACCACGGUGGAAGGGAUCGGGAGCACAAAAACAAGGCUUCACCCCAUUCAGGAAAGGAUAGCGAAGAGUCACGGGUCACAAUGCGGGUUCUGCACGCCCGGAAUCGUCAUGUCUCUAUACGCCUUACUGCGCAAUACACUGCAGCCCACCAUGGAGGAAAUAGAAAACGCUUUCCAAGGGAACCUGUGCCGUUGUACGGGGUAUCGGCCCAUUCUGCAGGGCUUCAGGACGUUUGCCAGAGAUGGAUGUUGUGGCAGAAGAACAGAGAACGGCUGCUGUAUGGACAAGAAAGAGGAAAAUGAGGCUCCGGCAUCUUCAGUUUUGUUUGACUCAUCGGACUUCAGACCCUUGGAUCCAACGCAGGAACCGAUCUUUCCUCCAGAGUUACUGCUGUACAGGAACGCUCCCCGAAAACAGAUGGUGUAUAGAGGGGAAGGUGUCACCUGGUAUCAGCCGUCCAACCUCAAAGAACUACUGGAUCUGAAGGCUCAAUAUCCUACAGCCAAACUGGUGGUGGGGAACACGGAAGUGGGAAUUGAAAUAAAAUUUAAGAACCUGUUGUACCCGGUGAUCAUCGCCCCGAGUGGGAUUGCAGAAUUGAAUGCCGUUGUUCACACUGAAGAAGGGAUCCGUUUUGGAGCCGCUUGCACUUUGGCUACACUUGGCGACAUCCUACAGAAAGCUGUGUCCGAUCUCCCCCCGUACAGGACUGAAGUGUUCCAAGCUGUUCUGGAGCAGCUGAGAUGGUUUGCAGGACAGCAGAUCCGUAAUGUGGCUGCUAUUGGUGGAAAUAUCAUGACGGCCAGUCCGAUAUCUGACCUAAACCCGGUCUUCAUGGCAAGCGGUAGCAAAUUGGUCAUCGCCUCUCAAGAGGAGCAAAGGACCGUCCAGAUGGAUGAGAAUUUCUUCACCGGAUACAGAAAGACAAUCUUAAAUCCUCACGAAAUUCUCCUGUCUGUUGAGAUUCCUUACUCCCAAAAGGGGGAAUAUUUCUCCGCCUACAAACAGGCGUCGCGGCGGGAGGAUGAUAUCGCCAUCGUCACCAGUGGCAUGAAGGUAGUUUUCCAGCCUGACAGUCGUGUGGUAGACACCAUCAAGCUCAGCUAUGGAGGCAUGGCCCCCGUCACCGUCAUGGCAAAGGACACGUGUGCCGCAUUAGUUGGGAGAGAAUGGGACGAGCUCUUACUGCAGGAUGUUUGCCGGAGUCUGGCCAAGGAGAUGUCGCUUUCCCCCGGCGCUCCGGGAGGAAUGAUCGAAUUCCGUCAGACGCUCACUCUCAGCUUCUUCUUCAAGUUUUAUCUCACCAUCCUCAAGAAACUGGAAACAGAUUUACCUGGAAAUAAUGAUUUUCAUGAGUCAUCAGUCCUUCCGGAAUAUGAGAGCGCCACCCAGCUGUUUCAUAAGCCCCCUACUUCUGGUGUGCAGCUCUUUCAGGAAGUCCCAGCUGGUCAGAACCCAGAAGACUUUGUCGGCCGCCCGAUCAUGCACUUGGCAGCCAUGAAGCAGGCCACCGGAGAAGCCGUGUAUUGCGAUGAUAUCCCCCACUAUGAGAAUGAGCUGUAUUUAGCCUUAGUUACCAGCACCAAGGCUCACGCUAAAAUAGUAUCCAUUGAUAGUUCCGGGGCUGAAGAUGUUCCAGGAUUCGUUUGUUUCCUUUCCGCUAAAGAUAUUCCUGGAAGCAACGUUACUGGGGUCAGAAGUGAUGAGCAGAUAUUCGCGGAAGAUACGGUGACAUGUGUUGGACAGGUGAUCGGUGCUGUGGUCGCAGACACUCAGGAACACGCACAAUGUGCCGCAAAGUCGGUGAAGGUCACGUAUGAGGAGCUGGAGCCCAUUAUUACAAUCCAGGACGCCAUUGACAAACAGUCAUUUUACCCUCCGGUCAAGAAGAUUGAGAACGGGAACAUAGAGAAAGGUUUCCAGGAGGCCGAUCACAUUCUGGAAGGGAGUAUUUACAUUGGUGGUCAAGAACAUUUCUAUUUGGAGACAAAUUGCUGCAUUGCCGUACCCAAGGGUGAGGACGGAGAGAUGGAGCUGUUCGCUUCCACACAGAAUACCACAGAGACACAGCACUUUGCAGCCCAUGCCCUCGGGGUCCCUGCUAACCGUAUUGUGGUCCGUGUGAAGAGAAUGGGGGGAGGCUUUGGCGGAAAGGAGUCCAGAAGCACCGUCUUGUCUACAGCCGUGGCAGUGGCAGCGCACAGCGCGGGGCGUCCGGUCAGGUGCAUGCUGGACAGAGAUGAGGACAUGCUCAUAACUGGCGGCAGACAUCCCUAUUUGGGACGUUAUAAGGUUGGCUUCAAGAAAACAGGACAGAUCACUGCGCUGGAAGUUUCUUAUUAUGCAAAUGCAGGAAACACAUGUGACCUGUCACACGCGAUUAUCGACAGGACUUUAUUCCAUAUGGAUAAUGCAUAUAAAAUCCCCAACAUUAAAGGCACAGGAUACCUGUGUAAGACCAACCUACCCUCUAACACAGCUUUCCGAGGCUUUGGGGGCCCACAAGGAAUGAUGGUGGUGGAAGCCUGGAUGAGCGACGUAGCUGAGGUGUGCAGACUGCCGCCAGAACAUGUCAGGAAGCUGAACAUGUAUCAGGAGGGGGAUCUGACGCAUUUCAAUCAGAAGUUGGAGGCGUUCAAUGUCCACCGCUGCUGGGACGAAUGUCUCAAGAACUCGCAUUACCACGAAAGGAAAAUCGCCAUCGCUAAGUUUAACAAGCAGCAUCGCUGGAAAAAGAGGGGAAUCGCCAUCAUCCCGACCAAGUUUGGCAUUAGCUUUACCCUGUCAUUCCUCAAUCAGGCCGGAGCCCUGGUCCACGUGUACACAGAUGGCUCGGUCCUCCUGACUCAUGGAGGAACCGAAAUGGGUCAAGGGCUUCAUACCAAGAUGAUUCAGGUUGCCAGUAAAGCUUUGGGAAUACCCACCUCAAAAAUCCACAUCAGUGAAACCAGCACCAACACCGUUCCCAACACGUCCCCGACGGCCGCAUCAGUCAGCUCGGACAUCAACGGCAUGGCCAUCUAUAACGCCUGUCAGACAUUACUACAGAGGCUGGAGCCUUACAAAAAAUCUAACCCCACCGGGACAUGGGAGAGCUGGGUCAGAUCGUCCUAUGAAGACAGAGUCAGCCUCUCCACCACCGGAUUCUACAGGAUUGAGGGUAUUGGUUAUGACUAUGAAAAGAAUCAGGGGAAACCCAGCAACUACUUCAGCUAUGGUGUGGCAUGUUCUGAGGUCGAAAUUGACUGUUUAACUGGUGACCACAAGAACCUGCGGACAGACAUAGUGAUGGAUGUUGGUAUGAGCCUUAACCCGGCAAUAGAUAUAGGGCAGGUGGAAGGAGCCUUUGUCCAGGGACUUGGCCUUUUCACAUUGGAAGAGUUAAAAUAUUCCCCGGAUGGAAACCUGUACACGCGGGGCCCCGGAAUGUACAAGAUCCCCGCAUUCGGUGACAUCCCUGCUGAGUUCAAUGUGUCCCUCCUCCGGGACUGUCCGAACAGCAAAGCCAUCUAUUCAUCCAAGGCUGUCGGGGAGCCUCCACUCUUCUUGUCUGCCUCCAUUUUUUAUGCCAUUAAAGACGCCAUCAUGUCAGCCAGGGAGGAGUCCGGCGUCACCGGAAUAUUCAGACUGGACAGUCCGGCCACCCCGGAGAGGAUCCGCAACGCUUGUAUCGAUCAAUUCACCAAACUGUGUCCCGUACCUGAACCCGGAACGUUUAAACCUUGGUCUGUACGAGUCUAGAACCAGGGGAACAUCCUGCACUUCUAGAGAGAUGAAGAACAAUGCGGCCGCUGCUGACGGAUCUGUAGCAGAGAGGAGACAAAUGACGGAACCCCUAAAUGUCCUAUAUCUACCUGUAUAUGUGAGAAACAAAUAAUUUAUUUUAAUGUUAUACAUAUCUAUAAUAAAACUUUACAAUCA